AUGAAGAUUUCCGCGACAAUGUUGGUUGGACUCGCCACGGUUCUCCAGCAUCUACAGCUUGUUCAAGUUGCCAGUCAAGAAAACUUGGACAGAACUAGUACAUUCAGCUCCAGCGAUGGCUCGCAUGUGGAGGCAUCCACGUCUGCAUAUGUCGUCAGUAGCAGUACUUCCAAUGGAACGGAUGGUAGCGACGCAAAUUUGUCGGCGUCAGCAGAACUGUCACCCGUAAAUGUCGGUGGCGGCGGCGCCUUCCCAAAGUUUCGCGCGCUAGAGCCGCCCAGCUACCCCGUCAAGCGCACAACCGCAAUGAUGGAUCUGUGUCCACCCAAGUACCUUGAUCCAUCGGCGAUCAAGAACCGCGCGAUCCCAACCAACAACUGGUGGGGAAACGUCAUCGCGCACGACUCGAAUGCAGCCAUUCAACCCAUUUGGUCGAACCCGUACUCCCUGCAGAUGGUCGUCGACAAGGCGCCCUUCGGCAUGUCCACAAGCUAUCCGUAUCGCAGUCGCUUUAGUGGCGGCAACUCCGGCAACAACGGUGCCGUCAAGUUCUAUGCGCACGGAAUGGUUCGCGAGUUCUUGUUUUCGGCCGAAGAAAUCGUGCAGCAAAAGCCUACCUUCCAAGUUGUCGACUGGGCGGACCAGGGCGUGACCGUCAAGUUCACGGUCAGCUCGUCCGGUGGCAGUAUGAUGUCGGACAUUGUUUCCGGCAUGGUCUACGCCUCGAUGAAGUACUCGGGACUUACUCCGCGACUGGUGUCAACAGCAGCAAUCUCCACUGUAAACGGUCGUGCCCUAGGGGGUCUUCAAGUGCGUGGCUCCAAGUUUGAGAUCGUCUACAACUCCGGUCAAAAGUGGGUAGUCUUCGUACUGUCGAGCGACGGUCGCAUGGCAAAAGACAUCACUCUGACUGCCGAUGGUACAUCUGCACUCAAGAGCACGGGUGUUUUCGACGGCAUGUUGCGCGUUGCUCUCGUUCUCGAAGACUCCUGGCUUAGCACGCUGGAACAACACAAGUUGUGCACCGUGCAAGCAGCAAAUGUUGACCUCCGUGACGACAGCUCCUACGUGUUCAAGUGGAAGACGAUGGGAGACUGUUCUAGUGGUCUAUUGCAUUUCGCAAUGAAACACCAUGCUGAGACCCUGGUCACGAGCAACGGCGUGCGCCAGGUGGACGGCAUGAUAGCCUUCUCGACGACCCGAGGCGCGCAUCAGGCUUUCACAACAUCAGGUGGACCCGGCGAUCCGGUGUGGGAGAUCAAGGAGACUCAGCCCGUACCCGAAGACAUCUAUCCGUCCCGCAAGAUUACAUCGGACGUCGUUCGACAGCAGCGUAUCAUCGACCACUUACGCGAAGACAUCAACAGCACAUGGUCCAUGCCGCUGAACGGCAGCUACUACUUCAACGGCAAAGCUGCGCAGAAGUAUGCCUCCCUGUGUCUGAUUGCGAACGACGUAGCGGUCAUGGGCGACGACAAGAGUCUACUUAACAAGUGUCUCGAGAAGCUACGCCGUGUAAUGGCGCCGUUCGUGGCCAACACUUGGACCAACAAGCUCCAGUACGACCAGGUCUACGGCGGUAUCGUAAGCUCACAGAGCUUCAAGACCAAGGACUUGAACUCGGACUUCGGGAACACCAUGUACAACGACCACCACUUCCAUUACGGCUACUGGGUGCACGCGGCGGCCAUCAUCAACCGACUCGACCCGACGUGGAGCGAUCUCAGCAAACUCAACGCCAUGGUCAACCUACUCGUUCGCGACGUCGCCAACUUCGACCCAGACGACAGGUUCUUCACCCGGUUCCGCUCGUUCGACUGGUUCCGUGGCCACUCGUACUCACACGGUGUGACUUCGUUUGCCGAUGGCAAAGACCAAGAGAGCACGUCGGAGGACGUCAACUUCGCUUUUGGCAUGUACAUGUACGGCAAGGCCACAAACAACGCGGCCAUGGAAGCCGUCGGCAAGCUCAUGACGCGCGUCAACUCGCACGCGAUCAAGACGUACUUCCUCGUAGAGGACGCAAACCAGAUCCAUCCGGCCAACUUCCGCCCCAACAAGGUCACGGGUAUCUUUUUUGACAACAAGGUGGACUACGCGACGUGGUUUAGCGCCGAGAAGUAUUGCAUCCACGGCAUUCAGAUGAUCCCCGUGUCCGCUGUGACCGAGUUCGUGCGCACCAAACAGUUUGUACAAGAGGAGUGGGAGCAGGUGCUGGGAAACGAGGCGAUCGUCACGCGCGAGGACACGAGCAACCCCUGGCUCUCGCUGUUGUACGCGAACUUUGCAAUGGUCGACAAGCAGCGCGCGAUGCGAGUCUUACAGAAAACCGAAAUGGACGACGGUCUAUCCCGUUCCUGGGCACUUUACAUGGCUGCUAGCUUUGCUGAGUGA